AGAGCCCCUACACCAAUCCCAUCAACCGUCUCAGGGUGAAUCUCCCCUGCUCUCUCACCUCAUGGAGACUCCUGAUCGAUGCUACCUGUCGGCCCUUCCGGCCGAAAUCAUCUCUCAUCUCUUUACCUCCCUCCCCGCGUUGGUGGAUGUGUUGAACUUCGCCGCGACGUGUUCUCGACAUCAACAGAUCUGGCAGCAAAACGCCAACUGGAUCUAUCGGCAGGUUGGCCCCCGCAGUAUUGAAUGCCCACCCUAUGCGCGGGUGUUUCUCGCCGACCAGGGCGGGCCUCACCCAAAGGCGACCUUGACCGCACGAGACGUGGUGCAGUUGGUACGCAACGCCGCCGCGGCCGAGCGAUCCGUGAAUCUGUUCGACCAGAAAUUUGUGGCCUGUCUCCAAACGCGCGCUUAUCUACGAAGUCGACACCACCAAUUCUUCGGACCCCCUCCCACGCAGCUCUCCCCGUCAGAGCGCCACCGACUGACCCGGGCCAUCUAUCAGCUCUCGGGCCUGGUGCUGCUCCAUCCGGAUGCCAGGGAGAACCGCAUGGCGUCCCUCAAGCUCAAGGAUGUCAUGGCGAUCAUCGAGCUGGCAAACGGCUACGACGAUAUUUACGAGGUGCUGAUGACGGUUAAGGCGGAGCCCCUGCUAUUGGAGACGAUUGCCUUCCGGUUACAUGACUUCCGAGACCGGAUCGUGGCCGAGCUCCUGCACGAUCCCCACCGCAUUCGAGGGUUUCCACCGGAGAUGGGAUGGAGGGGGUGUAUCUCCCUGUGGGACACCUUUUACGAGGACUUCAAAGAGAUGGUCACGGUCACCGGGAAGGGGCGGGUGCAUGCGCCGAUUGACGAGGUUUGGUACGAUACCUCGGACGAGGAUGCAAUGGAUUAGAAGCACCAUAUUGAACCCAAUGCGAUAGACCCCCGGUUAUGGUGUAUAGUACUUGCUGGCAGCCUGGCCCAGGCAGCAGAGAUCCUUAGCCAAUAUCAGUCCGGCAUCGCCAUGCGGCUGACAGCU